GGCUCCCCCACUCGAGGCCGUUGAGCGGGAAGGCAGCUGGAAGGAAGGCAGCUGCAGAGAACUGCCAGGCCUGGCGGAGAGGUGGCGCCCUUUGUUUGUAUGCAGGCCGAGUGGCCAGAUCUGGAAGAGGAUCCACUUCCUUGGCCUCCUCUUUUGGAAUCGUUGCAAUCCCCUCCCAGUUCUGCCUCCUGGCACUUGCCGGGCACUUCACGGCAGACGCCGGUUCACGCUUCCAUUCUUUGCAGGGAAAUCUUGCAGGGCCAGACGCCCAUCCUCACCUUCCAGGACGGCAGGGCUACGCUUCGGGUCCAGAACGGUGACCAGAGUGUGACCUUCGACCUGGACAAAGCCUCGGUCCCCGAAGCCAAGAGGCAGCUGCAGGACCUCACCUUCGGCCUGGUGGAGCAGCUGCAGGCGCUGGAGAAACGCCUGGAAGAGGUCACAGCCACUGCCACCCCCGUGGCCCUCAGGAGCCCCGAGAAGGCCUCAGCGAGACAGAGACUCUUGGGAGCAGACUUCAGUCCACGGAAGCCCAGAGGAGAGGCUAGUCCAAGCAAGCGGCGCCUGCCUGGCGAAUCCCUCAUUAACCCUGGAUUCAGAAGCAAGAAGACCCCGACGGGAGUCGACUUUGAGGAUGCCUGAACCGCUUUCUUAAUCAAAUGGG